UUAUCUGGACAGCACAAUUCUGGCCCACAUCUUUAACAAAAGACCCUUUUCAGAGAACUUAUUUGACUUCACAUACACAGAAGAGCCAGCCACACCGACUUACUACUACUCUGUUCUUACCAAACACUGAUCAGAUCUACAUUUUCUGUUUCCGUCACUUUCUCUUCGUUUUCUGGAAAACAUGAAUAAUCCAAGAUCGGUAAGUCCUUUGGUUUCUCCAGCAAACCACCCAGAUCAACGUCAAUCCAGUUGCGGAGAAUUCUCAAGAUUAGAGAAACGAAACGGAGCAAGGAAGAUGAUGAAGUUUCAUUCCAAGUCCAUGCCCCGAGGUGCCAUGUUUCUUGAUCAAGAAGCUUCUAGAAACUUCCAUGACAAGAGGUAUGACCUAUUCAGGACCAUGUCCGGGAAGCUCGAACGUCAGAUAUCGAAUUUACGGGGGAAACCCACUGAGUGUUCGUUGCAGGAUCAUAAAGAGAUCACUGAAUCUUUAACCGCUGAUAGAUACUUUGAUGCUCUUCAAGGCCCCGAACUUGAAACUCUCAAGGAGAAGGAAAAGAUAGUUUUGCCAGAGGACAAAACGUGGCCGUUUCUUCUGCGGUUUCCAAUCACAUCGUAUGGGAUGUGUCUUGGAGUAAGCAGUCAAGCCAUCAUGUGGAAGACCUUAGCAACCACAAACGCCGAGAAGUUCUUGCACGUGACACAAGUGAUCAACCACGUGCUCUGGUGGAUCUCCCUCCUUCUCCUCCUCGCCGUCUCUAUCACUUACCUCCUCAAAACCAUCCUCUACUUUGAGGCGGUUCGCCGUGAGUUUCGGCAUCCAAUCCGAGUCAAUUUCUUCUUCGCUCCUCUCAUAUCAAUCCUCUUCUUGGCGCUUGGAAUCCCACACUCCAUCAUCUCACAUCUUCCCUCUACACUUUGGUACUUCCUUAUGGCUCCCAUCUUGUUUCUUGAGAUGAAGAUUUACGGACAGUGGAUGUCUGGUGGACAAAGACGCCUCUCCAAAGUCGCUAACCCUACAAACCACCUUUCGAUUGUCGGUAACUUUGCCGGAGCACUUCUAGGAGCAUCCAUGGGGUUGAAAGAAGGACCAAUGUUCUUCUUUGCUGUGGGAUUGGCAUAUUAUUUGGUCUUAUUUGUGACUCUCUAUCAGAGACUUCCCACUAACGAAACCUUACCUAAAGAGCUUCACCCUGUUUUUUUCCUCUUUGUGGCUGCACCGGCUGUCGCUUCCAUGGCCUGGACCAAGAUCUCUGCAUCUUUCGAUCUCGGCUCGCGCCUGGCUUACUUCAUCUCCUUGUUCUUGUACUUCUCUCUGGUUUGUCGGAUUAACUUUUUCCGUGGAUUCAAAUUCUCGCUAGCUUGGUGGGCUUACACGUUUCCGAUGACGGCAGUGGCCAGUGCGACGAUCAAAUAUUCAGACGAAGUCACGGGAGUAGCAACUAAGAUACUGUCGGUUGUGAUGUCGGGAGCAGCAACUCUGACAGUGAUAGGUGUGCUUGGGUUGACGGUGAUGCAUGCUUUUGUCCAACGUGAUCUCUUCCCCAAUGACGUCGUCAUUGCCAUAAGUGCAGAGCAACCGAAGCAGAGGAGAUGGUUCAAACAGCUCACAAAAGAAAGUUCUAGAAAUAGUGAGAGAUGUCUCAAGGUUUUGGACCCGGAAGAUAGUCAAAUAGAUCUAGAAUCUCCUCCUUUAGUAAAUGUAGAUAGUUCCACGGUGCAGAAUUCAAAUUAACAAAAAAAACAUAUGUGAUGAAGCCUGUCUGAUUAAAAUUGGCUAAAUUAUUGUUUUGAGUAGUUAUCUUCUUCUUCUUUUUGGCAUCAAGAUUGUAAAAUUUAGUUGCAUACUUGCAUACCAUUCUUUUUACUGAUGAUAAAUUACUUCUUCAUUUUCAAUAAAUUCCAGCAGAAAUAUAAAAAAACUAUAGUCACUUUGGCU